CGGAGGAGCAGGACGCGGGGCCGGGACAGAGCUCGGCUCUGGGAAGAAGCCGGGAGCUUCCCUGAUGGUGCCGCCGCCUCCGAGCCGAGGAGGAGCUGCCAGGGGCCAGCUGGGCAGGAGCCUGGGUCCGCUGCUGCUGCUCCUGGCGCUGGGACACACGUGGACCUACAGAGAGGAGCCGGAGGACGGCGACAGAGAAAUCUGCUCAGAGAGUAAAAUCGCGACGACUAAAUACCCGUGUCUGAAGCCUACAGGCGAGCUCACCACAUGCUAUAGGAAAAAGUGCUGCAAAGGAUAUAAAUUUGUUCUUGGACAAUGCAUCCCAGAAGAUUACGACGUUUGUGCAGAGGCUCCCUGUGAACAGCAGUGCACAGACAACUUUGGCCGAGUGCUGUGUACUUGUUAUCCGGGAUACCGAUAUGACCGCGAGAGACACCGGAAGCGGGAGAAGCCAUACUGUCUGGAUAUUGACGAGUGUGCCAGCAGCAAUGGGACGCUGUGUGCCCACAUCUGCAUCAAUACCUUGGGCAGCUACCGCUGCGAGUGCCGGGAAGGCUACAUCCAGGAAGAUGAUGGGAAGACGUGUACCAAAGGAGACAAAUAUCCCAAUGACACUGGCCAUGAGAAGUCUGAGAACGCGGUGAAAGCUGGAACUUGCUGUGCCACGUGCAAGGAGUUCUACCAGAUGAAGCAGACCGUGCUGCAGCUGAAGCAAAAGAUUGCGCUGCUCCCCAACAAUGCAGCUGACCUGGGCAAGUAUAUCACUGGUGACAAGGUGCUGGCCUCAAACGCCUACCUUCCUGGACCUCCUGGCCUGCCUGGGGGCCAGGGCCCGCCCGGCUCACCAGGACCAAAGGGAAGCCCAGGCUUCCCCGGUAUGCCAGGCCCUCCUGGGCAGCCCGGUCCACGGGGCUCAAUGGGACCCAUGGGACCAUCUCCUGAUCUGUCCCACAUUAAACAAGGCCGGAGGGGCCCUGUGGGUCCACCAGGUGCACCAGGAAGAGAUGGUUCUAAGGGGGAGAGAGGAGCGCCUGGGCCCAGAGGGUCUCCAGGACCCCCUGGUUCUUUCGACUUCCUGCUACUUAUGCUGGCUGACAUCCGCAAUGACAUCACUGAGCUGCAGGACAAGGUGUUCGGGCACCGGACUCACUCUUCAGCAGAGGAGUUCCCUUUACCUCAGGAAUUUCCCAGCUACCCAGAAGCCAUGGACCUGGGCUCUGGAGAUGACCACCCAAGAAGAACUGAGACAAGAGACAUGAGAACCCCCAGAGACUUCUAUCCAUAGCACAUCCCAACACCAUCAUGCCAAAGGAAGAGAAAGAUCAACUCAUCUGCAGUUAAACCAUCUAAAGAGAAAAAAACACCACUGGAGACCUAGAAAACAUACAUUUUUCUCUUCUCUUCUCCUGACAUCUCUCUAUUCCUCUUCUUCCAGAUACAAUACUAUUUUCAGAGUCCCCUCCUAGGCCUGCAGACACAUGGGAGUGAAUGAUUGAUUUACCUGCUUCUUACUAAGAGUUCGUUGGAGUGGUUUGCACUGUAACUUUUCGUUUACAUCCUAUUUUUCCAGGAACUUUGGAUUUAAGUACUUUCACAGUGUCUUAAAUCAUAAAUUCUUCAAGUAAAUUUGGCAGAGUAUCAAAAGGGAAAAUGGCAAAGUGAGCUCUAAGAAAAUGUGAGGCUACUUCUAAGAUGUGUGUUCAGAAUAGACCGUAACUCCUCUAGUAUCAAAAUUAGGGCUCUUCAGUUAAAAAGGGGUGGGGAGGACAAACGUGUAGAUAUACUUUGGUGGAGAAUUCUUUUUCCUUGUGCUUCCAGUAGAUUUUAAAUAUUGGAUGCCCUUGUCAAACGUUUCCCAAAUUCAAUUAAAGAGAGGAGAGAACUGAAUGACAUUUAGAGAAGAUAGAAAAGAAUUACAGUCAUAUAUUUACUGUUACAUAGAUUGCCACAUUCUAAAAUUCAAAUAUGGUGCUUAAGGUUUCAUGCCAUGCUUAUCUGUUAGUAUCCUAUUUAGGGAAGAUUAAAUCCUCUUUUCAAAAAACAAAGUGAAAUGCCUGGAUUCACAUUAAAACAGUGGGCUCUGGUUUGCUAGAAUAUUUUAAAGCUGUUUAAUCAAGAGUGGAGCCUGCUGUAUACAUCAGAGAUUAUUUGUUCAAUAAAGUGGCUGACCUUAGAGAGAGGCACAGAAUUCCUGGUUCUGAGCAGGUGCCCAGAAGGUGCCAUUAGGUGCCAUGAUCCAGGCUGAACCAAUACACAGUGGGGCUGAAGGCUGCAAGGAAGUUGCUGGCUUGGGUUGACCUCACUAUCGCCAUCAGCAGCAGUAGGUAAAUUUGCUCUCCUUGGGUGUUACAAGUUUUUGUCUGGAGCCAACCAAGCUUGCCACCAACAUAUUGAGAAUAAUACACUAUUGAAAGUUAUCUUGGAUGGGGAGAAAAAAAAACAGUGGUUUUCCUUGUUUGCAAAAACUUCCUUCCUAUUCCCAUUUCUUCCUUCUUUAAUUUAGUCCAAGUUCCAGUUCUUUCAGGCAUUCUCUUUGAUUUCUUUUCCCCUGCAUGUGAGAAGCAGUUCAGAAAAGGGUCUAUUUCUCCACCCCCUAGUGAGUUAGAGUGUUUUCUCAGAGCACCUCUGGGUCCCAAAGGGAAGCAUGUUCCUGUCAAGGUUUGUUGUGCAUUCAGAAGCACCAGGAGCAAGAGACCAGAAGGAUGAUCUGCUCCUUUAUAACGUUGUUGAGGGCCCUCUUGGUUCCAAUGAGCAGCUUAUAGGUUAGUCACAGUCCACUUUCUCAUUGGACACACAAAGUGGCUGUUCAUCUGCCUUUGCGGGAGACUUUCACUCUUAUAUUGAGCUUCACAAAUGAUCGUUCUCACACUCAUAUUCGCUCAUGUUGGAAUUUCCCAUCCUGCCAUGUCCUUU